GCCGAGGCGGAAGCGCUGCAGAGAAUCUGUCCCAUUUCGUGAGGAAUUUUCAAACUUCUAGCUGUUUUUAUCAGUCUUGCAGUCAUGGGUUGAUUCAAUCUUCUCACCAAGCGUUUCCUUAUGCCGAGCUGUGCAGAGAUCAAAGCAAAGAUGGCUUCCACUUGGCUGCAUCCGUUGUGCAGAAUUCUUGAAUUUUAGCAGAUUUUAGGUAAGCUUAAUUAAGCUGAUUGAAUUUAUAAUCUAACUUUCUUCCUUUGAUUUUACAAGGCCUCUCCGUUGUUUUUACGUUCGAGAAGAAAUCUGGGACUCAUCAGUUUUCUAUUAGUCCCUAAGGUAUCUGCAAACAAUGAUCUUUCUGUAGUCGAGUACACGAAGACAGAUCGCGUGACUCUAAAAGAGUGUGUUGAAAUGCGUUUUGUAAAUUACUUCAGAAGUAGCCAGACGUAAAACAGCUUCUACCGUAGGGUUUGCGGGCACUUGCUUUAUAGCAGUCAUUUUGAUUUUUCCCUUCGAAAUGGCCUUACAUUAAAGAGAUUUACAAUCACGUUUACAUGUGGUAUAAUGGAUUACGUCCUUGAAAAACGCACUGUAGUCGAUUAAUAAAGGUAAAUCAAUACAUUUAGCUGUCAGUAAACUGUAGAUUAGACUGUAUGAUUGUAAUCCGCGAUCAAAGUUCGCCUGAAAUUCUUGCAAAAAGCACAGCACACCUUCCUUAGCUUCCUUAACAACAUAGAACUUUAUCACAGUACAGGGAAACCGUUGAAUGUAAAUCGUUAAUGACAAAUAUUAUUCGCAAUUAUUAAGAUUAAGCGGACACCCUCUAUUAAGUGGACACCUGGCUAUGGGAAGGUCCUGAAGGGGUCUGAUAAAUAGAGGUUUCACUGUAAUUUUGUUUCCCUUGAAUCGUGAAACAAGAUAACCUGUUUCCCUUUGGACCAGUCAUUAAGUGUUUAAUGUUUUCCACUACCCAGCCAUACUCUAGCUUGGUUUUCAUAGAAACAUUUCCCAUGGAAACACGCCUAGUUAACGGGGCUAAUGGAUUAACUGUUAGCAUUUGUCCGUGAAAUUUUACAUCUUUCACUUCUAAAAUGGCUUUUUCCUUUACAAAGUCUGUAUUGUAAUAGCUCCCUUACCAUAAAAAACCAGAAAAAUACUAGCCAUGAAAUAUGACUCACUUUCUGAUGCAGCCACCUCAUAAACUGGCCAAUCACCCCUAGAAACUGUACUGAAAAUUGCUGGGUGUGGUCAUGUACAGUCGGUGUGAAGUAAAAGAAUGUGACAUUUCAUCACAGAUACAUGCGUCAAGUGAAUCCAUUCACCUGUGGAAAUCUUAAAGGAAUGUGGAUCUGUAAUGUGUGGUUGUGGGUGGCUGGAUCAGUUGUAAAUGUGUUAAUACUGCAAAAUCCAAUGGCCUGUUGGAGGACCUAUCAAUGGAUUCCAUUAUUAUAAACUAAAAUUAAUUGCAGAAUCGUGGGCUCAUUCAAAUGCAACUAAUAAAUUACUGAUUUCCUCAAAAAAGCACCCAGGCACUUGUUAAAAAUUCCUGCUCAAGGAAGGGGCACUUAUUGGGAAGAGGUCACUCAAAUUAAGUUUUCCCGUUUAAUGAAUUGUAACUUUAUUUUGGCUACAUUUUUAAUAGAAAUUAAGGUAAAUUACAUUAUCCAUAUACCGUAAAUCCUCUAUUAAGCCUCCUCUCUAAUAUGCCCUCCCUUUUCAGGGGAAGAAACCCCCUCUCUUUUAAGCCCCCUCACCCGUCAACCUCACUGUUCUUCACUAAUCAGUCAAUCACUGUAAAAUGUCAUUUGGACUGAUCUGGGAUAGUAUAUUUGUUUUUGACCCUUGGCUGCAUUACCUACUACUUCAUGUACUUAACUCAUUUUCCCUGGAGAUUUUGCCAAAAAAUGAGUUUUAAAGCUAGUCAAGUGGUUUUCUGGUCACUGUGGUGCUAUUAAGAGCUAACACUUACCACAAAGCUGGUUGCCGGUCUUACACUUCAUGGCCUUCUGUUCCAGAUGCAAAAUAUCAGCUUGCUAAGUUCAGGCAUGCACAGAAAGCAAAAUUUUGAGAUUUUGGGGUUUAAAAGUGACACAGCAGUCUCGACUUUUACUUUUCUUUUUCUCUCCUCUCCUCUUUUUUCGCUUUUCUUGCCUCAUUUUUUCUUUCUCUUGCUGGGCAUUUAGUGGGCUUCAUUUUGGUGGCAAAGGUUGCUAGGAAAACUUUUAGGAUCGUAGGAUUAGAUAAAAGGAAAGGUAGGUGGGUAGUGGAACAAGGUUUUCAUGGACAUUUUCAGGUCAGUGUUACAUGGUUUUUUGCCUUUUUCUCUGGUGUCCUUGACUGAAUUGUGCUCAUUCUGGUAUGGUGUGAUCUCUUCACUCUGCACAAGUUGGCAGACAAAGUUGUCCUUGACUGGUAAAAUGGAUGAUGUCAAAAGCGGUAGAAAGCAUGUGGACCGGCAUGGUCGGCUACAGGCGGCUCAGGAGUGAAUGGGUUAAGCUUUUCCAUUUAUAGAGGAUUUAUGGUAAACAUUUUGUCAAUAUUAUUGCCUUUCAUCUGUUAAAACAGUGGUUUGUAAUUAAGUGACGGUCCAUAUAGGCUCAUUACACACGUUUACACAUGUAAAUGGUUUGCAUGUUUAUUAUCUCAUUAUAAUCAUCUUGAAUAAUAACUGAUUCUCAUAAAUUCUCAUAAAGUGGAUGUAGAAACAUGUUUUCUUGUAUCCCUACAUUAAGAAAGUGAAGGGGGGGGGGGGGGGAGGGGGGAUAUUUUAGAAGAGGGUUCCUUUUUUAUUUUUUUGGUUUUAAGGGUGGCCACUUUUUUGGGGGGGGCCGCUUUUUAGGUUAUGAGCUGAAGUAUUUCUUUAAAAUGGGGCAAUGCAAAUAAAAUAGUCCUGCCUAGGAUGAAGUCCUGAAGCAACAAUUAAUAAUAUAUUUUUUAAUUUAUUUUUUUUUUUAUUUUAAUAAAAUUGUUUUUUUAUAAAUGGGGGGCACAUAAAGGUUAUUAUCACAUUUUUUAAAAAUAAAUUUUUUUUUUUUUUUUUUUUUUUUUAUAAAAAUAUUUAAAAAAAAAAAUUUUUUUAAAAAAAUAAAAAAAGGGGGGUGAAAAAAUUUUUUUUUUUUUUCCCCAAAAAAAAAAAAGGGGGGGGGGGGGGGGGGGGGAAGGUGGGACUUAUUCAAGAGUGGUGCUUCUUUGAUAUUUUGGCCUUCAAGGUGGGCACCUUUUUUGGGGAGGCCGCUUAUUAGAGCAUGAGCUACAGUAAUUGCUUAAAAUGUGGCAAAGUGAAUAUCAAAGUCCUGCCCAUGAUGCAAGCCUGAAGCUACAAACCGUAACUGAAUUAAAGUAACUCAAGGAAGGUGUUAAAAAUACAAAUGGAAAAAGGAUUAUCACUUUAUUUUUCCCUGUCAAAAUCCUGUAGACUGUCACAUUUGCAAAGCACACGAAUUAUAUUUAAAUGCUCUGCUACAGUAUAUGUAUGUUACAUGUAUGUCUUUGCUGGCUGUGGGGGGAGGUUUACGAAUGACCGUACCAUCACCAGUUCAAAAGUAAUGUGUAAUAAAAGUUAUAUGUAACUGGAUGUCUGCUCUUUGUCUUGACAUAUUGCCCUUGAUUUUAUCAUAAAGGUUCCUGCUACCAGUCAGUUCAAAUCUUAUGAUGUGUGGGUUUCAGAGAUCAAGCAUCCAUGUACCAAGCUUUGGUAAGACAUUUUGCAUUAUUUCAUACUUUGCCACAAUUAUCACACUUUUAUAGCGGGGCUCCCACGCGCGCGACAGAGCCCCAUACCCAUAGAUUAUGGUCAACCUCUUUUCCUUUGGUUGUCACGUGAGUGUACGUACGUACGUACGUACGUACGUACGCGUCUACGGAUUGUAAGGGUGGGGUAGGGGAGACUAUCAAAAGGAAGGGAAGCGUGUUUCAGGCGUGUCUUGCCAAGUCCACAUCUUUUACAUUGGACAUUCACAAUAUCAAUUGACAGCUGUCAAAACAGGAUAGCCACUGACCAGUAUCCCAUGACCUUAUCGCGGGCUCAUGUGUCAACUGAUUGAGGUGACGUGAUUUAUUUGGAAGCUGUCCGUUGACCAGUUAAUUAUUUUACUAGAUCACGAUCAAUGUUCAGUCUCAUACUUUCUAGCUAGUUUGGGAUCGGAGCACAGGAAAACUGAUACACGUCAAUGUUGUGAUCCACUGACAGCUGUCAAAACAAUGUAUCCACUGACCAGUAUCACUUGACUGUAUCGCGGGCUCAGGUGUCGACCCAUCGAGGUCAAGUGUUUUUUUGAAGUUAUCCGCUGACAAGGUACUGGUUUUCAAAUGAUCGCAGUCUCAAGUUUAAUUUUUUUUUAAAUUCAUAUGAAAUAUGUUGUAUUUAUGUGCCACACAAUUAAAAUUUUGAUUUCAAACUGAUCUCGGACGCGAAAAUUCAGCCAGCUGCUACAGGCAGGGAAGACAGUUGCUUUUGACUUUUCUCGCCAUGUUCACGGGUUGGUCACGCUCUACGUCCAAUUUUUAUGCUCUGAUUGGUCAAAAUUUGACAGGUGAGUUCAUGCGGAAAGUUUAUGCAGCAUCUUGUAAUUGAAUCUUGUUUACUUUGACAGCUGAAGCUGACAGAGUUUUGUGUCAACUUGUGAUGUUUUUAACUUUCUUUUUCCACUGGAUGUACAAAAUGAAAUUCAGCUGCUAUAAGGAGUCUUCUGUUAUUCAUGGCUAGUUUGUUUAUUGGGUUUUUGGUUGAGUCAAAGUGGGAAAUCCAAUUUUGGAUGGCAUCGUUUUUGUUUUCAACUUGCUUAAUGCGUAAGAGGGUUGCAAAGUCUGAAGCGAUACUCGCCUUACUUGAUACCUUUCAGGAGCUGCAUCUUGAGUGGUAAGCCUAAGUAAUUAUUGUAUUUGAUUGUUGUUUUUUAUUCCUAAUUUAAUGAAGUCGAGCGUAGUUUAAUGGUAAUGGCUGAUUGCUAGCUGGGUCGUGAUCAUUGUUAGCAGGUUUGUUCUCAGACAGACCUGGGGUCUGAGCCGGGUCAGUUUCUUGAACAGGCAGACUGUCUGUCUGGGACUGGACAGCAUCACGUAGGUGGACACUGUUUCUGCAAUAGGUAUGUCCAUUCACUUCCACCAGGUAACUCCGAGGGGCUAUAUUCUCUAGGAUAACUCCAGGCUUCCAAUCGCUGCAGGGUUGUUGAGGUUGUGCCUUGACUUGGACUGGCUGUCCAAUUACUAGACUAGGUAGCUGUUUGGCACUUUGGUCAUGGUAGUGCGUGCUUGGCGAGUUGUCUCUUGCACAUCACUUGAGCUGUUACAGCAGACUGGACUUCAGGCUUGUACAGUGAUUCCUUGCACAGGUUAGUCUCUUCAACUUCUUUGCGAAAACUCUCUUCUGGGCUGACUUGAAAAAUCAGGAACUCAGGUGAGUCUGGUUUGGUAUGACGCAAGGGGAGAGCAACUCCGGAGAGAGUGUCUCUUAUGAACAUUUGAGGGCCAGGCUUGUACAAUACCUUUAGUGGGUACUUCUGUAGUCAGAGUCUCAUCCUUUGAAGGCAUUUGGGGCUUGUGAGGAUUGGUUUUGAAAAGAUUGUCAUAAGAGGACAGUGUCUUGGACAGUGUCUUUUCCCAGAAUUUAAUGCUCAAAUCAUUUACCAACAAAGACAAUUGCUAAACAUUGUUUUUCGAUCUGCGGAUAGUUUCUUUCUGUCUGAGUUAGAGCAUGAGAAUCAUAAGCAACUGGUUGUCCAUCCUGAGUGAGGACAGCACCAAGGCCGACGUCAGAGCUGUCGCACUAGAUGGUGACUUCUUUGCCGACAGCAAAAUAACGCAAAACAGGUGCUUGAGUGAUUAGUUCCUAAAUGCUGACAAAGGCAUCUUCAUGUUGAGGUAACCAAUCAAAGACAGAAUUGCUUUCUUUUAGGCGAAGGAGGGGUUCGCAUAUGGUGCUGAGCUGUGGUACGAACUUGGAAAGGUAGGUAACUACUCCUAUCAGGCGUUGAACUCCAUGUAUGUCUGUUGGACGGGGCAUGUUCUGUAUGGCUUGGAUCUUCUCUGGGUCAUCUUGAAGACCUUCUGAUCCUAGUAUGUAGCCCAUGUAUCCUACUUUGCUGAGCUUGAAGCGUAAUUUCUUUUUGUUCAGCUUAGCUUGGGUGCGAUAUCCUCCACAGUGGGCAUGGUUUCUGACAAUGUCUUUAUUCAAAUGUAGAGGGUCUUGAGACACAGUCUGAGUUUGUUCGGCUUUCUCACUGCAACCAUAUUAUUGAUCCAGGGGUUGGUUUUGUAACUUUUGCAAUAACGCCCAAGGCCUCAAGCUCUUCAAUCUUGCUUUUAAGGUCAUCUUUAACUGGAAUAGGCACGAGUCUUGGAUUUUCUAGAACAGGCUUGGCAUUAGGGUCCAAAUCUAUAUGAUAAGUACCAGGUAGCUUGCCAAGACCAGUAAAGACAUCACGAUUGUUAUGAAGGAUUUUCUCUUUGAGUUAGUGACUCAUCGCUAGUAAGGUCAACAUGCAGGAUUCAUUCUUCAUUGAAGUGAAUAAGCUUCAGGGCUUCAGAGGCUCUUCCUGAAAGUAGAGAAGUGGAUGCAUGCUCAACAAUUUCGAAGUGGACUUUCUUUCUCACACCAUUAGCUGUACAGUAGAGUUUUGUGCUGCUUAUGGGUUGUAUCAGGGACUGAUCAUGAGUGAUUUUCUUGUAAUCCUUUAAAGUGAUGGUGCUACACGAGGCUCCUGUGUCAACCUGAAAUUUGAUUGGCAUGUUGUCUUCGGUUUUGUUUGCUGUCACCAGGAUUUCUGUAAUGUACUGCUUCUUUUGUUAGGAGAUUGCAGGGAGUAGAUGCUUUCGUCACUGUCAGGUUCAUCUGAUGCACCAUUUUCAUUCAACUAAUUUACUCGCUGGCACUCAUCUUUAGAUUUCUUCUUUGGUUUCUCAUUACUGUGUUUGGGGGUGGAGCAAAAGACUUUUGCAAGAUGAUUUUUUUGUUACAUUUAGUGCAUGUUUUGCCAAAGGCUGGGCAGUUUCUAGCCACUCGGGAGUCUCCGCAAUAUUUGCAGUUUUUGGUCUUGCGAGGAUUCUUGCGUGGAUCUGCAUGGCGGAUGCAAGUUUCGUUCCCGUGGAUGAGAUGAACAGUGUCAGUUUGUUCCAUUUUGAGUCACUGACUUGCUGCCAUUUCAUUCGUACGACAAAUAUCGAUGGCUUUUUGAAGAGUAAGCGUAGUUCCCGUGGCAGACUUCGCAGUGUCCAUGAUCUCGCAAACCAGUGACAAUGCGGUCAUGAAGCAUUUCACCUUCAAAUGUUCCAAACUGGCACGUAGCCACAAAUUUGCGAGUUCAGUCAAGAACUGAUCAAAGUUUUCACCAAGUUUCUGAGAACAACAGUUGAAUACAUAGCAUUCAUAAAUCGUAUUUUGUUUUGGGCACAAAAUAUUCGUCAAGCUUUGUGAGGAUAACAUCAGCAUCUUGUCUUUCUUCUUCAGUCAUAGGGAGAUUUCUGCAGACAUGAAGGCAUUCUUUACCCAUGAUCGAUAAUAACGUGCUGCGACUAUUUUCUUGUCUUUCUGAUCCAGUUUGGUAGCAGUAGCAUAAUUCUUCCAGCUGUCUUUGAAGAAUUCCCAAUUUGAGGCUUGAUCUCCUGUCAUAUCCAUUUUUGACGGCGGAGGGAUCAUGAAUUAAGACAUGCUUUUAGUUUACGCAUAUGGUGGUAAACAGUUCUGACUUCAAAGUGGUGUGAGUGUGAAUUCGUUGGUAAUGAGGUCUUCACAGCCUAUUUGUGUGAUACCUUUGGUAAAUGUCUUGAUUUUCAGCGCCUAUUUGUUUUGGCUUGAGCGAUCUUCGGCUGAAAAUCCCUCUUCAAAACACCAUGUUAUGGACUAGCAUCUUAACGAGGCAAGCACAUGGUAAACAAGCAUGUUUUUAAUGAGUCCAGGAUGUGUGACUUUAUACACUACAUAACAAUAUCAAAAUUCCCUGGAGUGGUUGGGGGUAGGGGUGAUACUGCUAAGGCUUUCAGAUCUUCAUCCUGUUUAAGAUUAGAAACCUCAUUUCAUGACUAUGAACUGACAUUAUGGAAAAAAAAAACUUAUGGUACCACACAUGUAGGCCUGGCAUGGAACCUAAAUUAGUGAAAUUGUAUUCCCUGUUACGAGUUAAGACCCCCGAAAAGUGCCCUACCCUGUUCGCUGGCACAUACUAGUGUAAACUAAACAAGGGACUGCCCAACCCCAUGGAGGUACACCUUGGUAUCAUCCAGACAGCAGAGUCCAGGACUCCCCUCCUUCUGUCAGCAUACCGCUGGGAUAAAUACUUAUGCAGGAUAGCAUAAUUAAUGCUAAAGAGGUUGGGAAAUUUUGAGGCUAGGGGUGCUUUCUAUUCAGCCCAAAAUUCCAGAAGUUUCAGAGGAAAUCAAAUGGAGCGGAUCAUUUUAGUUUGGCCUGGUCAGAAUAUUAAGCUGGUCCUCUUUGACUGGUCCUGCUGGUCGGACUGAAAUGUCCCUUUCCAUUUUACAAAUAUGUUGUCCCCACUUCUGUUCUUCUGUAUUCUGGUUAGGCUUUUGUUGGGUCUGUAAAACCGGAGUGUACUCUUUCAAAAAGUGUCUUGGGUUGGCAAGAGGUUUUAAUUAUAUCCAAAAUUCUGAAAAACACACCAUUAAAAGGAAUUAUGUUGUUUAUUUACAUAAGUAAUAAAAGUUACACCAGUCCAAAGUUCCACUUAUCAAUGCAUUUUAUCUAAAUGUAAAGUUAUGUACCUCAGGCUUUUAUUUACCCCAAAACGUAGACCUCAUAGCUGUAAUUAUAACAAAGAAAGACAACAGUAUACCUAUUUUUGUUUUGGUGCAUAAUUUCCUUUGUUCUUAGCUCUAAUAUUUUAAAAGGAGACUGUUUUGGUUUAACAUGAGAACAGAUUUUACGUAUAACUUUUUCAAAUUUGGCUCAAUUUGCCUGUAUUUGGACUGAAAUGAAGGAUGUUGAAUACAAUAAUGCAUGUGAAUUACCCAAUUGAGUCCUAGAGAGAAAGAGCAGACUGGACUAUUCCCAAAAUUAAACUCCCACAAAAAUAUAGGGUUAAAUUGUACUAGGUAACAUUGCACCAAUAUUUACAGUGUGCAUGCACUUUUUUGUGCUUCUAUUGUAGUGUUCACGUUCGCAGUGUUAAAGGAUUUUUAGGAUUCCUGUGGUGUCCAGGCUGAUGGAGGUAAGUUGGAAAAUUGAUCAUCUGUUAGUUGUUAAUAGUGUUUGUCUAGUGAAGAUCCAUUUUUGCUGGUGUCUUCAAUCUCAUGUUGUAAGAUUAGAUUUGAGGUUUGAGAAGGUUUUCGAAAUGUUGGUGGAGGGAUGGUGAUGACAUCAGACUCUAGAUCAGGGGUGGGGUGGGGGGUCGGAUUUAAGCCCUCUCCGUUCCAUCACUUGAUUUUCUCUGACAAGAAACGUUUUUUUACAUUACACUCCUCCCCCCUUCCCCCCAACACACACACAGGUCCUUUUUUUGUAUUAAAUAGAAACAUGCUGGUGGGCAAUGCUGUGAUGGACUAGCAUUCCAUCCAGGGAGGGGUGGUAGGGUGGUGGGUGGAGUUGUAAUAUUAUUCACUCCAUGGUGCUCCAUGGUGCUUCAAGCCAAGAUAAGCUCUCACUGUGCUGGCUUGUUUUAAGCACCUCUUCCAUCCAUAGGGGGAGGGUUGGAGUUGUAAUAAUUAUUUACUCCUUGGAGCUUCAUGCUUCCCUGCUGUGCAGGCCCUCUGGCUUGUAUAAGUACCUCUUUUGGAAUGUUGAGUUAGUGAACCCCAAAGGUCAAUGAUCAAUGAUCCUCACCUCUCAGCAGUUGCAAAAAAGUUAGUAACGUACUUCAUCUCAGCCAAAUUUACCCAAAAAACAAUGCUUGAGUGUCCUAACUUACAUGUAAUUCCGGUUUGUAUGAACUUAUUAAGGCGUCUUUUAAGGAAACCCUUUAGUAAAUUUAUAAUGUUACUCUUCUUUUAGGAUUUGUCAUCCUUUCCAAGCACAGCCUCUACAUCACAGGAAGACAAUGAAAGCAAUUCAGGAUCCACGACCUCCAGGAAAUUGAAAGUUACUCUGUUAAGCAGUGAAUGGAGAUCAACAAAAGGAGGCUUGUCGACCAUCAACCGAGAGCUGGCCAUUCAGUUGGCGAAACACCCCAGUGUGGAGGUCAGUGUUUAUCUUCCUCAGUGCAGCGAAGAAGAUAAAAAAGUUGCUGCAAGUCGCAAUGUCCAUCUCAUUGAAGCAGAAGAAAUGCCAGGUUUAGAACCAGCUCUCUGGUUAUCUUGUCUGCCGGAAGACCAUUCUGUGGACUGUGUGAUAGGACAUCGAGCCGUUUUUGGUCGGCAAGUGCAGAUUAUAAAACGACAUCAUCAUUGCAAGUGGAUUCAGGUCGUUCAUACAGCUCCUGAAGAGCUUGGUAUGUACAAGUCCUAUGCAGAUGCCAUUUCAAGAGGCGAGAAAAAGCACCAGGCUGAGGUAAAACUCUGUGAAAAAGCUGAUCAAGUUGUAGCAGUUGGACCCAAGCUGGCUGAAGCUUUCUCAGGUUAUCUCCGUAGAUGUGGAAAGGAUCAAGAUGUUCUUAAUCUUACCCCAGGCAUCUUCUCUGAGUUCGCUGAUGUAAAGCAAGCCACUGAAGAAAGAAAAACAUUCAGUGUUUUAGUGUUUGGACGUGGUGACAAUGAAGACUUUCGGCUGAAAGGAUAUGACAUCGCUGCUCGUGCUAUUGCCGAGUUGAAAGACGAGACACAACCCUAUAAACUGUUGUUUGUUGGAGCUCCAAGUGGAGAAGAAGAGAAAGUUGCAGAUUUGCUACUGGAGCAAGGCAUUGAUCGCAGUCAACUAACUGUGCGUUGUUUUGAUGAAAGAAGAGAGCAGCUAGCCCGAUUGUUUCGGGAAGUUGAUCUUGCUAUAAUGCCAUCACGAACCGAGGGAUUUGGUCUAGCCGCCCUUGAGGCUUUAUCUGCUGGUCUGCCUGUGCUGGUCAGUGAGAACUCUGGUCUUGGUGAGGCUUUGAAAAAAGUUUCGUUUGGUUCACACUGUGUAGUGAAGUCCGAAAAUCCUGAAGCUUGGGCCAGUGCAAUCAGAAUUAUCCGUGAAAAAGACAGAGAGAUGCGACUUGACGAGAGUAAAACCCUACGUGAAAAAUAUGCUAUAAAGCACAACUGGCAGGAUCACUGUAAUAGACUCAUUGAAAUAAUGCGAAACAUCUCUCAAGGUAAAGAAAUCACACUGUCGUAAGUAAGGUCUCUGUGUUGUUAUACCCACAUGUAUUUACAGGUUUGCUAGCUAGCUGUGCCUUAUGCAAGGUAGAGAGAAGUCACAGUGAAGUGGACAGUGACAAAAAAAUGUGCCAUGCACACAGUUUAAUAUAUCUGGGGACAUGUUUAAAUUUGCGUAAUGUUGGUUUAUUUCGUACAUCAAAACAAAGAGUUACGGUCGCCUUUGAUUGGCCCAACAACUGAUUUCAAAUUUCGUGCCUCGUGAAGGUUCGCAGAGCCCUUGGAACAAUCUGUCCUAGGCAGGUCGUACCGAUAAAAGUGAUUUUUUAAAUGCCUUUCAGUUUAGGAUUUUACCCUACUGAUAAGAGCAAGUCUACUUUCAAUCCGUUCAAUUGUUCUCCAGUGCUUUCAAGGAAUCUACAUCAAACAGUUUAAAUAAGAAUUUAAAAAAUGAUUAGUUUUUAUAUUUAUUAUUUUUAGAAAAUAGUGCAUCGAAUGAGUAGGAUUCGUCCGUAACAGCUACUGUAGAUAUUCAACCCUCUGGAAACCUUCGUGUUCUGAGAAACUUUCUCUAAAAAGUAUACAGUAAUAACCCGCUAUUAUUAACCUAGUUUUUAAGGACCAGUUAGGCUAAAAUGUGACAAUUAUAGUGUAGACCCCUUCUACACAAGAAUCUUAAUUAUUAGCCUAGGAUUUGAAACAGGUUCUUAUCUAUUGAAAUCAAGUCGUGUACAUGUAUGUUCUGAAGGAGGACUUCAAAAUUCAUGUAAUUGCCUUUGGUGCUUCAGCUUGUCUUAAAUGUAUUGUAGACACCUUCACAUUUUUAUUUAAAACUCGAUAUGCAGAUUUAUACAAAAGGAAUAAGGUGUACAUCACUUAAUUUUAUUAGCUAAAACGUUUUCUUUUUCUUCAGAAUUUAGAACCUAUUCAGUAAGAUGGCUAAAUUUUCUCAUAAUUACCUUUUAUGUUUGAAACUUUUUAGGCUAAUUUGGGAAAAUGUAGGUCCUUGCUCACAGGGUAUUACUGAACUUUUGAAUCUUAAACAGUGACUUUAGUUUCCUUAAGAGAAAACGUUUCUUAAUGCAGUUUUGCAUGCUUGUGUUAAACUACUCUUUCCAACUUAUUUCAUUGUUACUACUUUGCUAGACCGUGUUUGUCUUAAUAUGGCGAAUGGUUUAAAGGCUCCUCUUUCUAAAAAGUCAGCUUAUGCUGUACAAUUAACAAAUCGAGGACAAUUUUCCAAGGUCUGUACUCUUAUAGACCAUAGAUCGACAUAGAAAUGAUAUCAAAAUGUUCAUAACUUAUGUGGUUCGGCGUGUGGUUUUACUGCAAAGUUAUGGACAUUUUGACGUUAUUUCUUUGCUUUAUAUAAGAGUACAGAACAUGGAAAAUUAUUUUCGAGUUGUUUUUUACACUAACCUGGUCAGUUUUAGGCGUCAAUUUCCGUUUACGUUUCUAGGAAAAUCGCGCGCGAGAAAAAGAAAAACCGAUUUUCCCACCAUCAUGUUAUAUCCAUGGUCUAUACUCUCAUCGACUUUAGCUCUGGACCAGUAGGUGGAAUCGCUCAGUUAUUGUCAAAAAGGGCGUUUACUCAAUGGAAAAAAAAAAACUGAACAAAAUGAAAUAAUACAAUUUCAGACUCAUCAGAGGGAGUUCAACCUGUGAAAAAAGGUAAAAGGCCAUUACCUCCAAGUGGUGUCCCAGAUCCAAAGCAACCAAGACUGCCACGAGAUGAAGGUGAAGUUUGCGUUUGCUACCCGUAUAGCUUGAGUCAUUUAAGCUUGACCAAAACAUUGAGCUGUCUACUGACCCUGAGUUUUAUGCUUUCUCGAUUGGAGGCUUACAAAACAGAGAAAGGCAAAUUUUUCAAAGUCACGCCAAAACCGUCAGCCUAUAGAUCGCAGAACAUGUUCACACGAACAUUUCACGGUGGACCAAAUCUUGCUAUAUAUAUUACAAAUAUCUAACUACUUAGUCAACUUAUUACGUUAAAUACAAGAGUUAAGAAACAGUAAGAAAGCCUGCUUUACAAGGAAGCUGUGUAUAAAACAUAGUUAAAAAAAUCAUAAAGUAUCACUGUCAACUUUGAAAGUUUUAACUUAGAUUUGAAUUCAUCAAGUCAUUGAUGGCGUUUUCUGAUCUCCAGAGGAAAGCUGUUCCACAGCACCGGUGGACUGUAGGGAAGACUGCGUUAGCGAUAAUCAUUGCGUGGAUGAGGAAGGGCAAGCCCAUGGUCACUCGGUCUCAAGUGGUAAGUUAGAGAAACAGGAAGACGUACAAAACGCCAAACUCAGAUAUGCAGGAACCGUGUCAUUCACAAUAUACAGUACAUCAAAAUUACUUUACUGACCAAGCGCUGGUAGUCAAGUUUCAGCCAAUUUAACUUCUGAAAGAGUCACUAGUGCAAUAAUUAGAAAAAGUUAAAACGCGUGCCGCAUCAGUGAUUCUGCGAUUUUGAAGAAAGGCUCGUAAGGCCUGUUUACAUGGAGGUGGGUGACCUCAGAUAGGCGUAUCAAGAAAAGCGACCUGAAUUCGAGAACAAUAGGUAUUGUUCUGUAUUGUUUUUUUUUUUUUAUCUUUUCUUGCCUUGUAAGGACAAAAACGAUCAACGUGACACAGUAGCUUUCACGCGCAGGAAAUUUCAACAUUUCCGAUAACUUUUUUCGAAGACGUUUGAAUUUUCGGCGCGUCCGAAGUAAGGAGCAAUUUCAACCCAGGGGAUGGGUAAGAGUUACAGUAGUCAGGACGAAACAUACGACGCAGUGGUGGUAAUGUGAGGUAAGUGCUGAACAGACGAGUUUACCAGUUGCAUCCUUGUGUUUUACUUUGGGCUGAGCCUAUUGGCAGCAACCUUUUACGCAAAACAUGCUCGUUAGUAUUGCUGUAAGGAACUAAAAUAUAGGCUCGAAUAGAAGCAGCUGAGAACUUACAUUCUCAAACUCAUUUAUAAUUCAUUAAGAAAAUACAAAGGAAAUUAAUGUUUAAUGAGUGUUUGGAAAUCGGAUGAAACACUGCUUAGUAUUUGCAUCCUUAAUUUCUCCUUCAAAAAUGAUUUUGUUUGAGAAGAAAUAUCAAACAUUCGACAUAGUGUUUCAUCACCAGAUGAAACACCUCGAAGUUCGUCAAAAAUACUCCGCUGCGCGUCGUAUUUUCAACUCUCUUCUCGGUGUUUCAUGUAAUAUAUCAAACAUGAGAUGCAGUGUUUCAUCACCAGAUGAAACACCGAGAAGAGAGUUGAAAAUACUCCGCUGCGCGUCGUAUUUUCAACUCUCUUCUCGGUGUUUCAUCUGGUGAUGAAACACUGCAUCUCAUGUUUGAUAUAUUACAUGCAGCUUGUUUGAUCGCAUACGCUUUGGUUGUGAUUUUUUGUAUACUGGUUACAGUGUAUUCUGUUUCCGAGAUGGCAACAUUCCAAUUUCGCGCUAGAGAACUUUGAAUCUACGUGCAAAUGAAGUUUAAAGUUUACAGUCGUUCGUUAGAACACGGAUUGUCUUAUUGGAAUUAAAAUCACAUAUUAUUCAUGUAUUGAAAAGCGUAGUAUACAACAGAGGAUCAAAAUCAAGCCGCUUCUUGUCAGUAAACAAAAGACUGAAAAAAAUCACACCUCCUUUUUACUGGCCCGCGAGUUUUAAAGCACGGCCCAACGCCCCCAAACUGAUAUUAUUUAUUGCUCUCUUCGAGUGAAAAUUACACGUGCUUGGUGCUGAACAUCUUCUAACACGAACGCGCAAUACACUUGUGCAACCUUUCGGACAGGGUUAAACGGGACAAAUCGAUCUAUAAAAGCAAAUUUUCCGUCGGCGGUUAAUACACUGAGAGGAAUAAGAAAACAAAAGGCUGAAAAAAUCACACCUCCCUUUUACUGUGCCGCGAAGUUAACCAGACACUUGCUUAUCAGUAAAAUUUACUGCUCCGACUUCAAGUAAAAAUUACACGCUUCUCUAACAUCCUAAAGAUGCGGCUGUAAUUGCUUAACUUUCCGGGCAGAGUCAGACGAAACUAAUCGAUGUAUAAAAAGCAGAUUUCCACUUGGCAAUGACGCGAGUAAGUAAGGUAACAUGUGGCGGGUCACUCCACCUAUCAUGCAAACGUGAUCAAAUUAAAUUGAGAGAUUAUAUGGACAGGCGCGGCGGGUUACCCCACCUAAGCGGGUUACUUCACCUACGUGGGGUCUCCCAGGUGCUUAGAACAGAUACCUCAUAUCACGGAAAAGUAAUCAAAAUUGGACUGUUCUUACUAAUUGUCCAAGGUGCCGUGAUUGGAUCUCGAGAGAGAGAAAAUGCCUAAUAAGUUUGAGAAACGAUUAAUUUUGACAUUGAGCUUGUUUGAAAGCUUGACAAUUGUUGCCUAGAAGAACCAAACAGAAAUUCAGUCGGUCAUAUUCAAUAUUGGUUUGCUCGCUACAAGCCACUAACGAAUUCUCUCCAGAACUCUAGCUAAUACAAAAAGAAUAUUCUAAAAACUAAGACUUCUAAAGAAUAUGUUAAAAUAGCUAAGAAACAGCUAAGCCGAGGGUGUGUUCAAAACAAAGACUAAUGACCUAAAAAUUAAAACUAAUAUACUGAGAAAGCGAAAGUAGUUUACUCAAUACGUACACUCAAUAAAUUAAUCAAAAAGAAAAGUUUUAAAAUUCCUCUUAAACUGAAACUCUGAAGCUGUGCUCGAAUGUUGCAUAUUAAAAGGAAAAAAGUUCCAAAUCUUCGGAGCCCAGAUAUUGAGGGCAGAACCCAUUUUUAUACGAGCUUCAUGCACAAAAAGAAGCUUAAACACAAUCCGAUACGAGACCAGCAACCAAUGGAGUUCUGUUCUAAUAGUGUGGGGGGUGAUGUGCUCAUAUUUCGUCUUACCAGUGAGUAAACUAGCAGCAGUGUCCUGAAUUAAGUAGAUAGGUUUAUUAAAAUAAUGAAAUUACAGCUGCAGGCUGAAUUGCUUAAUUAUUUACCCUACUAUAAAAGGUAUAAACAUUUUGGUAAAAGACUAAUUACAAUUUUGUUGAUUAGGAGUAAUGAUAGUAAAAACUGAAAAAGAAAAGAAAAAUAACGUGUCUGACUCAUUAAACUUUAUCAAAACAUUUAGCUGUUUGCCUGAGUUUUAUGCUUCCUCGACUGGAGGCUUACAAAACAGAGAAAGGAAAAUUUAUCAAAAUCACGCCAAAACCGUCAGCUUAUGGAUCGCAGAACGUGUUCACACGAACAGUUUGUCAAUAAAUUGUAAAAUUCAGUUAGAAAUUGAGAAGUUACCAGAGUGAAAACAGUUCUUACAGGUUUUAUUGAACUUUUUGAAGCUUUCUGGGUGGAUGAAAGUCCCAAGGUAUUUAUUAGAAGAGUAUACUAAAGCGCGAAGUGAGCGAGGAGCGUCAGAAAUUUAAAAGUUCAGUUUUAAAACACGGUACUGAUCCAGAAAAGGAGUCCAACGUUUUGUCGAGUUAUUUAACAAAAAUAUACUAAAAAAAUUAAGGGCGGCUCGGACAGGCAAAUUACUUUAAACGUGUUUUAUUAUAUCUAAUCACUUCAAUUUUUUCACGAAAAAAAAAGACGCAUUUUGUUAAAAUCACAGCAACCCAGAAAUGAUUGGUACAUAACGUAGUUAUCUCCGCGCACUUGGCUGUUCCACUAAUUAUAAAGCACAAUAAACACUGGUAAUAUCGUGAUUAGGGACCAUUAGAAGUUGGGGGAAGAAGUCUAAUACCCCUCCCCUACAAAAAUUAAAUGACCACCAGUGCAAUGACUCCCCCUUAAAUGUUUCAACCAGUGAUUGACAAGCUAGUAGGGAAUGUGGAUAAACGAGAUAAAGGUCUCUUGUCAUUCAUAAGUCAUAGGCGCGUUUAUUAUUGUAUUUUCAGUGUACUUUUCCAAAAUACCUCGACCAAAGGUUGGACUAAGGUUGGACUCUUUUUUCUGGAGUAUCGUUAUCACAAUAAAAACUGACCUUUUGUGCCUCCGACGCUCCUCGCUCGCUUAAAAAGCGUAAAAAAAAAAACAUAAAAAAAUCGAUCCUCGACAUGUUACUCUCUACCAUCAACACCUCGACCAAACGUCGGACUCGCAAAGAAUUAUCUAAAUUUAUCACAUCGCUUCAAUAUUUACUCAAAUUUGCGCCUUCGUUAGGCAACUGAAAAUAUUUCAGUGGACAAGAAAAUCGGGCAUUUUAUAGUACACUGAUCAAUCGCAGCACUGAAACUUUUUCAAGAAAAUCUAUCGUUGAAUUUUGGUUUAAUCACUGUUUUCCUGGAAGUAGCCUUAACAAUUACAAAAAAAGCUCAGCACUGCGUUUUACCCCAAUUCACAUGUUUUCGAAAUCGCGCACUUAGUCUUCUUGUGUUUCUUCUUAGUCGAUUGUAGAGUGUAUGAGGGUCAUUUGCAAAACGAAUGAGCGAUAAAUCCUUUCCAGAAACAUGCAUAAAGUAGAAAAUUUGUUUGUAUAAAGUCCAGUCCUCAGUUCAUGCUCAAUUUAUAUCCUUCGUUUAGAAAUUCCAAGAUAUCUCGAAUUUCGUCGCAUAGAUUUCUGUGAAACUUCGCAUAACGGAAGCGGCGCAGCCUCACGAAACCUUACAAAACUACGGCGGCGUCGGCAACGGGAACGUCUAAAACACAAUAGGUUUUAUGAGCAAAACAACCACGUUAACUCUGCCCGUGCAUCAUGCUUUUUUGUAAAUUUCUUUUCCGUUCCUGAACAACUACAACGUGAAAUGACCAAAGGUUGAGUUGACUUGAGAACGGGAACGGCAAGGCGGCAAGUUUUGAUCUCUCUCUCUCUCUGAACUCGGACGCGGUCCCCUCUCUUCUGCUCCAACCUAAUUUCCCUAAUUUCAAGUAACUGGGUGACUUGGUAUAACCGCGAGAAAGUUUCGACGGACGCGGCGUCGCCGUUGUCAGAUAGUAGGGAGCUUUAACAACGACCACGGCGACGGCAACCAGGACGUCAAAAAAGCAAUAGGUUUAUUACGCAAAGCAACAACUUUGCACGUGCAUCACGCUUUUUGUACAUUUCUUUACCGUCCUUGCACGACUACGACGUGAAAAUGCCUAAUUGCAAGUUUUAUGAAGGACGUAAACAAGCGACGACGAAUCUCUUUUUCUCUCUUUAAACUUGAGUGCUGUCCUCAAGAAAUCAACUCCAGGGAAAUUCGCCUACACUUGCCAUUUUCAGCAAAUUGGAAUAAACGCGACAAAGAUUGAAAAAAUGGGAAUUCAUUUUAAAACUGACGUUGUCGCCGCCGUUGCCGUCGUCGAUGCUAAAGCUCCCUAGUAAGGUCCCUAGCAUGGUCGGCGCUCGACCAAUCGACGACUAACAACGGCAAAUAGUCGGUCGAAUGUCGACCGAAGGAUAGCUGAAGCAUAUAAAGAGUAGAAAUUCCUCAGCAGUGAACGCAAAUUGCCUUAGUGAGAUAAGGUCAAGACAUCGUUCGGAGUAACAGUGAACAUGAUUUCAGCAAAUACUUGAACUUGUACUUGUCUUUUUCUUUGUUUGUUUUUAAUUUGACGGCGUUGAUAGGUCUCUACGUGCUUAAGUUACUUUUUUGCUGGCGUCGCUCAUAACAAAGGCUUGUCUAUCUUCACAAUAAGUCUCUGGUCGGGCAACUUCUUGUGCAUUUUGAGUUCGCUAGGCCAACUAAUUAAUUGCACCAUUUUCAUCCCCCUGUGUCCUUUUUUGUAAGACUUAUUGCGACUAUCAGAACUGCAGGUGUAUUAAGUCUGUCAAACGUCUUUUCCGAUUAAUGAUGUAGAAUCACUCCGGCACUAGACUUUCUUGUCCUUUUCUAAGGCGUCACAAACUUUUUUGUCCUUCUCGAUCGUCAAUUGUUGGAAACAUCUCCUUUUAUUUUGAAAUGGAUUUUCUUACUUUGACACACAGAACUCUAAAAGGUUUAAAUGUUUAUAUCUUUUUACUCUGGCGCCACAAAAUGCUUUAUCACCUAAUUCACAAAAGCGCCAUGCCCAGUAGACUGAACUAAAUUUAUUUAUUUGGAGAAGCUGUAGCUUUAUUUAGAUAAUCACGUUGGUUACUUAUCUUACGCUAAUUUAUGCCAAUCAUCUCUGCUUUCAACUAUGAAAACAAUAAGAACAAGCUAAAGUGAAGUAUUUUUGCAUAUGUUUCAGCAGAAAAUCUUGCCAUUCAGAUUGACGCCGUUGAACAAGGAGGAUCUUCACCAUUCCAAAAUGUUACUGGGAAGGAAAAUGUCGAGGAUAGAAGAGGUACUUGUGCGCAAGAGGUCCUGGCUCGUAUUGCAGAUAAGUUUAUUCAGAAAAUUGACCCCUCAGAUGAAGAGGGGUUUAAUGGUUUUCUUCAGUAUAUGGAAAAAGUGCGCCAAACAAUAGUUGUUGAUGUCAAGACGGGAAGCUUGAUAAUCACAGUCCGGUGUACCUCACUUCGUAUUCUGGACGAUCUUUGGAGAGACUAUUGCACGGGCCAUCUACAAGAAGUGGCGCAGCGGUACCUUGUAACAGAGGACAUUCUACAACAGUUGGGCCUUGAUUCAGUGCAACUAACGUUGACUAUUAGUGAAGAGGAGUACAAAGCUUACCGAGAGAACUUUUUGAAAAAUGAAGGUAUGAACAGAAAAAAAAACUUUUCCAUUUGCCGUAAACAUGAUUCUUAAUCCCUCCAUUCGUACUUUUAAUGACUUUUAUGCAAUCCGCCUACCGUAAACAUCACUCCUUUUUUCGCCUGAGGACUACAUGUAUUGAUCGUCGGCAAGAUGUUUUUUUGGUAAUACUUGAUCCGUGAGUCGCACUUUUUGAUACCCUAGACCAUACUAUACUGGUUUUUAAUUACUCCGGUUUUUCCACACAGUGCAAACAUGGUUUUCAUCUUACCAUUUGCACACAUUCUGUUAUCAUAGCAAUCGGAGGUUAGGGUUUGGAGUCUCUUGUUUACCCUUUAUAUAGCCAUAAUCUCUGCUCAUAAGCCGCCUAGACUGUACUAUCUAUGCACAUGAUUCUCAACUACACGUUACUGUUGAUCCUACCCUGAACACCAUUCAGAAGUGUAUCUGUGAAGUUAUAAAAUGGAACACCAACUAUAAGUGCAGUCCUUGUAAAACAAAGGUCAUUCAGUUUAGUUCUGGUUCUUCAAGAACCUAGUUUUUUUGGGUUUUUUCCUAUUGGCAACGCUCUAGUACAACCAUCAGGCUGAGUUUAUACCCUUGGUGUCAAUCUAGAUAGAGAGCUCAAUGCUAUACAGGCUAUGCUGGCAGUUCGAUGUAUGGGAAGAUGAAGGAAGUUUGGCUGAGCAAGGAUCACCUUAAGAUAAUGGUCAAUGCUUUCGUCAUGUCACACUUUGAUUAUGUAACAGUGUUUAUACAGCUGUGGCCUACCCAAGCGAGAAAUAUAUACAUGUAAGCUGCAGCGGGUUCAGAACUGUGCCGCACGCUUAGUUUCGGAAAAAGAAGAUCCGACAAUAUAACUCCCGUCAUGAAAGACUUGCACCAAGAGAGAAUGAUCUAAGAGAGCGAAUCCCCCAUACAUGACCCUCUUCCCAUGAAAAUUAUUUUCAAUCUACUCUUGGUUCUGUGUCAUACUGCGUGGUUAUUUUAAGGACGCCACCUUAUUGGUCGGUUAGAGUAACGUUAUGUAAUUUUAAACCUGGCGGGUAAUUCAUUUCACUGCCGAUCACGCACAGCAAGCGAUAUGACGUGCAAACUUGGCAUUACUUUCGUCGACGAUGUAGAUCCUUAGUACUUGUCCUCACUCCUUGUAAAAUAUUAACUGGCUCGUUUACCCCUUUACGUCUCCUAUAUUUUUGGUCAAAGUUCCAGCAAUCUCACGGUAAGCCUGCUGUGUGAUCGUUGUAUGUGCACGAGUGAGACCCUAGCAGUCAUCUUUGCACUGCACCUUUAUCCAGGCUAAAGGCGGUAAUGCCAAUUUUGGGCUUGGUGUCUCGAUUGAUUGAUUGCUUUUUGUUUGGUUUAAAAAUCCAAAUCCAUACUAGGAGGUUCUCUGCACUGCAAACUUGACAUCCAGCAAUACGUGUUAGCAUAGUUAAUUAAAGUGGAAUGGUUGGGAAACCCUUUGUUAUAGGUUUUUGUUGGCUUUUUUGGACCUGACCAUGCACGACGUUCAAUAGCAUUCCUAUCAUUUUGAACUUACUGACCAAUAGAAACAUUGCAUUAAUUUAUUCAGUCACAAUUUGUGACCAAAAAUAUAUGAUUGUGCACGGUCAGGGAGCUUCCAACAUAACCAAGCAAUCUCCUCUACUAACUGUGUUCUAAGGCAGCAGGACCUUGGGUUCUUUUCUCAAUUCUUAUAUCCCUUCGAUCGCAGUGAUUUUUUCCACAAAGGCAGCUAAUGAAGAGGUGUUUAAAGCUAGCGUACUGCACUUUUCAAUGUCUUCUUCAAAAGAUGCUACAACGAACCCUUUUGAGUUUCUUGUUCACUUGUGUGUUUUUUCUUCCGAAACGUGAUAGCAAAUCUCCCUGAGUGAGUCGGUGUGCGCAUCCAUGUAAUAAGAAGAAUAUCUUUAAACCUAUCGUGUGGCGCUUUUUUCAAUGUUUUCCUCAAAUGAUGGCAGGAUGAGUCGAUUCGAGGUUUCCCUUCACGUUAUGUUUAGUUCAAGAGUUUUCUUUCCCAAAAUGUGACAGCAAAUUUCUCACUGUAAGUUAUUGCAGUUCUCUCUCUGCGUGUGAAUCAAUCAUUCUUUACCGACAGAAGGGGAAUAUGCUAUUGGUACAUCGCACCGUCAAAUAGAAACAUAUUCACUUGGAUAAUCAGAAUGGCUUUAAAUGCCAUAUCAGACAAACAAAACUAAAACUUAAUUUGGGAUUGGUCAGAAUUUCCAAAAGGAAGUCCUAGCUGCAAAUGCCUAUCCUUCCUGAAUUUGCUUCUUAGCAACUUGAUCGCUUCAACUGAAAGCUAAAUGAGUUCAUUAGCAUGCCAUUAUUCCUAUCCUACCUGAGGGUCUGAAUGGGAUAUAGUGUUUAGUGUUAUUUGCUCAUAAUUUUUAGUGUUUGCUGUUCAACUGGCCAAUUUUUUAAUGUUAACCGUUUCCGGAUAAAAUGUUGUUAAGUAUUUCUUAGACUCAUGCCGCAGGAAGGUAUUCAUGGCAACCCUGGAACGAGGGAACCACCCAAACGAGCACCCGCUAACCGGCACCAUUGCACUGAGAUAAAUUUAGUGGAAAUAACGUACCUGAAAGGAUACUCUAGAACCAAACAAAACAGUGGGAGGGAGCAGAGGGUGCAACAAUCCACAUUCUUUCGCAAGUGAUAGCUGUGUUUUUGAUCCGCAAAGAUCAGCUGAUAACACUGCACGUAUAAAGCAAUGAACCUUGAAUCCCUGCAAAACCCCUGGAGGCCACCUCACAGGUCACGUACUGCCUAUGGUAGACGGCUGGCUGCAUUUGCUUAAGUUUAACUUUGCCUAAUGAGAGUUUUUCGUGACAAAACCCAUAGUCUUUUAGCAGAGUCAAUUCUUAUCUUCUCUUGUCUCUUGGAAAAUUGAUAAUAAAAUCACUCACGAACUUUGAGCCUGUGCUUAAAGGAGCUGUAGGUUAUUUUUGGGCCCAUGUGCAAUAGUAUUCUGGGAAACCUGGGGAGUACUGGGGACCAUUCUUGUAUCAAACACCCGCAAUUCUUUGGUCAACAUCAUGAAACAUCAUGGCGGCAUUGACAGCAGUUCCCUCCGGUGUUUCUCUGGUGUUGUUAAAGUUCUAGUGAGUUUUUCUUACAUAUUUCACAUGUGAAUAUAACUACGAAAAUGAAGCAAAAAAAGUUUAGAUUUCUACUCGGAAAUAUUCGGUAGUCAUCGGAAAUGUUCUUAAAUAAUCAGGAAUUGUCAGAAAGUGACCAAAAACUUCUUAAUAUACUAAACAAAAUAAUAUUGGCGUUUUUGGAGCCGUUUUUGGUUCUUUCUUGAAAAAAUUUACUGUUACAGAGAAUUUUUUACUGUUAGUGUUAAAAUGUCAAAAACUUAAGUGUUUAGUCUUAGCGGUACACCUCAAUUCAAACCCUCCUACCUGUCUCCGCUGACAGGAAGGGUAGGGUAUUUUCCUGUAUAUUUUGGCUGUGGUAAAUAAUAAAGCGUGGUCUCCUACUUUGAAAUUCAGGCUGCUCCCUGCUUACACAAGGUUGACCCUGUUUCCUGUUUCCUAAUGCUCUUUCCAUUGUCGUGUACGUAGUGAGGAUGAGAAGUGAUGGUGAGAACUCCUUAGGGUAGAAGAGAAAUUGCCUUUGGCUAGAUAAUUGCUUCUUCCUCUUGCGUUUUACCCUCAUCUCUGAGCUGCACUAAAACUACGGGUCUUUUUAUUGUUUUUCAGAAAUUGUUGAACCAGUUGCAAACACCUCUCUUCCUGAUGACCUUCCAUUAGAUGCCAUCAAAACUGAGGGCGAACAGUCCUUACCUACUGAUGCCACACCGUCAAAAUUUUCUCAGGUAGAUAUAAAAUAAAUAUGUGAAAAAGUCAUAAUGCAGUUGGGCAUCUUUGAAAGUUAUAUGAAUGUAAAACUAUAACAAAUAGUACACUUCUCAGUUCGGUUGUUUUUAAAAAAGACUCCUUAUCGUUUGUCUCUGUCAUUGAUCGGGGUGUGAAGACCUCUUAGUAGCACCCUGGUUGCUAGUGACUGGUGCAUUUCUAACGUCACUCAUGAUUGGUGGAUUUUGAUCCUUAGCAUUGUUAGUGUUAGAAUCUGUUCCUGCAGCGAAGCUGUGGUGUAUUCACCCUUCUGCCUUCUCUGUUGAUGUUGGUAGGGUGAACUCGACCCUACGUGGCACGCUAGUCUGUUUUACCCUACGAGAGUGCCAAUUAGGAUGUCUUCCAAUAAGCUUAGCCUUGUCGGCUUAAAGAGGAUAGUGGCUGUAUUUAUGUGCGUGAUCCACAAACGAGUUUGUAAAAGCCAUAUGUCUAUUUCAUAUUGUGACCCUAUUGGUUGGAUUAACGUGGCUCCAAUCAUAGCGCGCUGUUUUGAAAGAAUUGUAUAUCAUCACUACAGUAAGAAAGUGUACUGGAAAAUCUGACGGACUCCCAAUUUGCGUACAGGGAUGGCUGUAGUUGCGCGGACGCCUUAAUUGAAAUAAAUGGCAUAGUGUGAACAAAGAAACCACCCAGGGUAGUGUUAGUGGGCCCCACCUUUUCAGUUUGUUUAUUCAUGAUUUGGCCAUUACGGACAAUGACCUUACUAGCAUACUCAAAUAUACUGAUGACACUACUCUGCAAGUCAAAGUAUGUACGAAUGAAAUAGAUCCUUCUCGUGAGGUUGUCAAUCAGUUUUUCAACUGGACACAAAAUAAUGCCAUGGCAUGUAAUCUUAAAAAAUGUAACGAAUUGAUACUUUGUAAGAAGCCAGCCCAUUAUGUAGGCCAUGUUAACAAUAUAACGCAAGUUUCUUCUUUAAAUCUGUUAAGGGUUACUUUACAAAGUAAUCACAGAUUUAAUGCGCACAUUAAGGUUAAGCUGCAGGAAGUCAGUAAGUACCUUUAUGUGCAGUGAUAAGGUGUUUGUGUAAAGAGGGAUACCAACAACCAGAUGUAAAUUACGUUUUUUGAUUCAAUAAUUCUACCGAAACUAACUUAUUAUCUUACCAUAUACACCUCCUCAACACCUGAAUUAAGUACGGUCAUGAAUUUUCUACAGCGUCGCUGAUUUAUACGCAAAUACAUAUCUUAUCAAAUUCACAUAUAUGACGUCUUAGAAGAAACAGAUCGCACACUAUUUAAGAAGAUCUCCAGUGCGCAUGCCCGGCCACCCUUUGUAUCCGUCCCAACCCAAAAUAAAAGAACGUUCUGUGCACCUCCGAAUUCCUAGCAGCCAACUCCCUUGAGUCAAUACCUUGCGUUUUAAAAAUAGUGUUAUUAAUGGGCUUUUUUUUAAAAUAUAAAGUAGAAAUUUAAUUAAA